UCCCCCUCCGCUCUCUCCUCCCCCUCUCCCCUCCAUGGGGCGGAGUGUGUUUGUGGACCCCCCCGCCUUCACCCUUCCGCCUCCUGAGUUGCACGCGCUCAGUGAGCACCUGAGAGGAGAGGAGCUGCUGGUGACGAAACCAGAGCACACACAGAUCACAGCCAGGGGGCCCCUGACGCAGCUCCACCACUAGCCCCAGCUCCCCUGAUGCAGCUUCACCACUAGCCCCAGCUCCCCUGACGCAGCUGCACUGCUAGCCCUAGCUAUCCUCAACAGGACCUGAUACAGAACAGGACAGGAGGAUGAGGAGGGAAGAGAAGGAUGAGGAACAGACUCCAGCUGUCACGCUGCUGACAGAGAUGGGAUAGGGAUCUGUAUAGACAGAGGAUUAAGGAACGGGGAUAGCGAGAUAGAGGACCACUCUGAAGCAGCACAACGCUCUGAAUAAACUUCCACUUUUCCAUCCUCUGAUUGCGCUGCUGAAGUGGGCUGGCUCUGCGGACUUUAGACUUUAGACUUUAGACUUUCAUGUCCUUUCGCCUGGUUAAUAUCUUAGACAUGGAAUCACCAACCAAGGAGAUAGAGGAUUUUGAGAGUAACUCUCUGAAGUUUCUGCAGCCAGACCAGAUUGAGAAGAUAUGGCUGAGGCUGAGAGGACUAAGGAAAUACAAGAAGACGUCACAAAGGUUGCGAUGCUUGGUGAAACAGUUGGAACGAGGAGAGGCAUCCGUCGUCGACCUCAAGAAGAACUUGGAGUAUGCAGCCUCAGUCCUGGAGUCUGUGUACAUUGAGGAGACACGGCGAUUGGUGGACACGGAGGAUGAGCUCAGUGACAUCCAGUCGGAUUCUGUGCCAUCAGAGGUUCGUGAUUGGCUGGCCUCCACCUUCACGCGUCAGAUGGGUCUGAUGCUGCGCCGGACCGAAGAGAAACCACGCUUCCGCAGCAUCGUACACGCAGUGCAGGCUGGGAUAUUUGUUGAGAGGAUGUACCGCCGGACGUCCAACAUGGUGGGAUUAAGCUAUCCACCCAGCGUGAUCACGGUGCUCAAGCACGUGGACAUGUGGUCUUUUGACGUGUUUGCCCUGAAUGACGCGAGUGGGGACCAUGCGUUGAAAUUCAUAUUCUACGAGCUGCUCACAAGAUAUGACCUCAUCAAUCGCUUCAAGAUCCCUAUCUCUGCCCUGGUGUCCUUUGUGGAAGCCUUGGAGGUGGGCUACAGCAAACAUAAGAAUCCCUACCACAACUUGAUGCAUGCGGCAGACGUCACUCAGACAGUACACUAUCUAUUAUUGAAGACAGGCAUGGUGAACUGGCUGACUGAGCUGGAGAUCUUUGCCAUGAUCUUUGCUGCUGCGGUCCAUGAUUACGAACACACAGGGACCACUAACAACUUCCAUAUCCAGACCAGGUCAGGCACAGCCAUCUUGUAUAAUGACCGUGCAGUUCUGGAGAACCAUCAUGUGAGUGCUGCCUACCGCCUCCUACAGGACGAUGACGAGAUGAACAUCCUCCUCAACCUGUCCAAAGACGACUGGAGAGAGCUACGGGCGCUGGUGGUAGAAAUGGUCCUGGCCACGGACAUGUCCUGUCACUUCCAACAGAUCAAGGCCAUGAAGAACUUCCUCCAGCAGCCAGAGGCGAUUCUCAAGCCCAAGGCCUUAUCACUGAUUUUGCACACAGCUGACAUCAGCCACCCGGCAAAGAACUGGGAUCUGCACCACAGGUGGACCACAUCACUCCUGGAAGAGUUUUUCAGACAGGGGGAUAAAGAAGCAGAGCUGGGCCUGCCCUUCUCUCCUCUGUGUGACCGAAAGUCAACCAUGGUGGCCCAGUCUCAAAUUGGAUUUAUUGAUUUCAUCGUGGAGCCCACAUUCACAGUCCUCUCAGACAUGACAGAGAAGAUUGUGACGCCACUGAUCGACGAGGCGUCUCGUUCCGGCCUGGCUGGGUUCAGACGCUCCAGUUGCUGUACUGAGAGGAGAGCUGGCAAUCUAAACAGUAUUCCAGUGGGGGAUGGGAAGCGGUCCAGUGUGAUCAGCACAGGCUCAGAGGGCAGCGGAACACUCAACUGUUCCCCGGGAACCAUCGAACAUAAGGGCUUCAAGGCCACCUGGAACGAAGAGGUGCACCAGAACAGAGAGAAAUGGAAGACCCAGGCUGCUAAAGAUCUGGAGGAGAAAACCAAAAGGGAAGCAGAGGAGAAGGCUUCGCAGGAGGAGACAGAGCCUGGAACGACAGAAGAGAAGGAAGAAAAGAAAGAGGGAGAUGAGGAAGGUACACAAGUAGAGGGAGAGAAAAAGGAAGUGGUGGAGGAAGUGCCUAAAGAGGAGGAAGGGAAUAAGGACCCAGGGGGGGCCGUCGGGACCACAACAACAUCAGGACCGGGCCCGGGGCUGAAUCACUUGGACCCCAAGGAGCCUGAAACCAGCAGCACCAGCACAGAGAAAAACCAGCAAGUGCAAAACGGGGAAGUCCCAGAGGACCUAGACUCACCUGACACUGACUCUGGCUCAGAUGAUGACAGUGAGAAAAACACCUCUGACGAUACAGAAGAGGAGGAUUCUGAUGACAGUAACCAUGACAGUUUACCUGCGUCUCUAGUGGCUGCAGCAGUGGUGGCUGCUCCUACGUCCAAUCCAAACUAAUUGCCCAUUCAGUUCCCCAACAAAGACUUCAUUUACCAGUGGACACCUCUCUCUCUGUCUAAUGUUCCAGAUUGCCCUCUGCUGGAUGUGUACUGCUUUUAUUUUGGUGUAUUCUUACUCUUAGAAAAAAAGGUGCUAUUCAGAUCCUAAAAGGGUUCUUCGGCUGUCCCCAUAGGAGAACCCUUUAAUAACCCUUUGUGAUUCCAGGUGGAAUGCUUUUGGUUCCAGGUAAAACCCCUUUCCACAGAGGGAUCUACAUGGAGCCCAAAAGGGUUCUACCUGGAACCAAAAAGGGUUCUUCUAUAUGUGGGGACAGCUGAAGAACCCUUUAGGAACCCUUUUUUCUAAGAGUGUAGUUCCACUUGUGUCUGUCUCUGGUGGAAUCCUUCUUUUCCGUCCACUUUUUUCUCCCAAAUCAAAGUUGAACUUGCCGGUCCAUGUGUUACCAUGGUAAAUGUGCUGGAUUCAUAUUAGCACAAACAUUGCGACCUUUGCCAUUUCCUGAGCCAUGAUGGACCUAUUGGCUCUUUCUUCCAACUGGAGAGGGGCAAGCACAUGCACAGGCUGGUACAUGAGAGGGUAAGGCUGCCCUGUGUUGCCCUGGCCUCCACACUAGCUAGGCCCUCCCAGAGGAGCUUUCAGUUUGCUCUGUGUAUCUUCCUCUGCUCCUACUCAUCACAGCAAAGUUCUGGGGGAUGGAAGACUGGCCUGGUUUGCAUUUGGACCUUCAGACCUCUCUGUGUUUGUACAGGAUGUGCAUCGAGCAAAAUGUAAACAACAGCGAAUUUAAGAAGGGUGUUGAAAGAUUGGUGACAUAGAACUGUUUUUAUUAUUUCCACCAGUGUAAGUAAUUUUUAUUUAACUAGGCAAGUCAGUUAAGAACAAAUUCUUAUUUUCAAUGACAGCCUAGGAACAGUGGGUUAACUGCCUGUUCAGGGGCAGAAUGACAGAGUUGUACCUUGUCAGCUUGGGGAUUUGAACUUGCAACCUUUUAGUUACUAGUCCAAUGCUCUAACCACUAGGCUACCCUGCCGCCCCAAUGAAUAAUGUACAUGAGUAAAGUACAACGACAUUUGUCUUGUUUAUAUUGCAUACAUAAAAUAUAGAAGAUAAAUGAUUGUUAGAUUUGUUUCGCUUUUCCAUUUAAUUUUGCAACUAGAAUGCACUUUCUAACUAGCACACAUCACAUAAAGUGAAAUGAAGUCAUGGUUACCCGUUAACAUACAAUCUAAAUAUGAAAUCUGAAACGUAUUGGCUUCAUCAUUGAAACGUCUUCUUAGAGAGAAAUAACACAUAUUUAGUAAUACUAAGAAACAAUAUUGUGUACGGUAAUGUAUAUAAAUAUAAUGAUGUAUUGUGUUGAUCUAUGAUUCUCUAGCAUUAGAAUUCCCAUAUGUUUAUUGUAAAACUAAAGAAAAAAGUAACUAUGUCCAGAGAACCAUGAUUGAUUCAUAAGUUGUCUCUAAAUAGUAUGUCAUGUUAUUCUUUUUUACAAUGUACUGUAGGUGAUUUAUGUUUUACACAGUGCAGGUUUGAUUGAUUUCCAACCAUCAAAACGUUAUUGUGAUGACAUCAUUCGACUGUUAUUAAGCCAGGCACAACAACCAUAUUCAUUUUACGGGGCGGGGGAAAUCAACCGUUUAUAACAUGUUACAAUGCCAAAAUAUACUGCAUAUGUGUGCUUAGGUUUCGUUGCUUACUUUUCUCUCUAGUUCGUGGCAUUUCUAGCUAGGGGAGUUUCCUGGUUGCCAGAGUAUAAUAUGUAUUUAUUGUACAUAACAUUUCUAUGUUAUUUAUGAAUUAUUGUGUAUAGUUCUCAUUUUGAAUGUCUUAAUGUGGUCGACAGAGAGAAGUAACGUUUCUAACACUUCUGAUGUACAGUGUCUCUGCUGAAUCUCUGCUCCCCAAUGACAUGGAUGAGUGGGUUAAUGUUUCAUUAUUUCAAAGUAGUGUGAAUUUGUCAUUAUGAGUUGGUUAUUUGCGCUUUGCACUUCAACUCCAGGACUUCUUCUGACUUUACUUUAAGACACUGCAGCUCAACACAAUAUCCUCAUAUCCUCAAGUCUUUCUUUAUCAAAUGCAUUGGUGCAUACAACACAUGAGAGUUUCCCAGCAUGUGGAUAAGAAUUGGGUUGAGAGAGUCAGUUAAUUCCCACUCAACAUUCAACUGUGAUGUGAAAACUUUGUUGAAACAAACGUGGAAUCCGAUUGAUCCAUCUUGAUUUACCAAUACAUACGUUUUCUACAAAUCAUUCACAGCAUGUAAAUAGAAUUUUUUUUAAAUUGUGUUAAUAAAUUAAUUUAGCAUUAACAGAAUUAUUAUAUCUCAAAAACAAAGUAAAACACAGAAAAGGAAACAAACAGAACAAACUCUAGGUUACUACACAUAAUGAAAUGUAGAAAGUAAAGAAUCAAAAUAUUUAAUGUUGUGUUCAAGAAGCAGACUUAUAGUACAUGUACAGUAUUGACUGGGUCAUCUUUGGGGUUUUCCAAAAUGGCCUCCACGUUCACUGUGUAGAAAUUCCUGUUGCCUUGACCAAAGAUAGAAAAACAACAGAUAUUAUAGAUAUGCUAGAGUUCAAAUAAAACUCAAUCUACAAAAGGGUAAAUACUUCUGUUUUAAGCUCCUCAAAAUGAUUUAUUUUGCUCCAGAAGGAAGAAUCUUUGCCUUAAAAUAGAUAUGUCUUUCCUACUCACUUCAGUGUUGCCCUGUAGAACAGUCUAUAUGUCUCAAUCUAGCUAGCUUGCAAGCUUUUGUGACAUCUUUCAGCACAAGAUCUUGUCAGUGUUGAGUGAUUGUAAAUACUCUGUGGCAGCUAUCCCUUUCCAUGAUUUCUCCAUGUUGUUUCUUGUGAUACAAAGGGAUAGGGUCUGUGUUACCUUUUUUUUUAUUUUUUUUAACCAUUACAUAUAUUUGUAUCUGACCGCUA